UCUAUUGCCAUAGCCAACACAGAAAGUACAAUACAGCUCUAACUUUAGGUAGGCACACAAGUACCUAACCUAUAUGUAGGUACAAUACAAUUUCAAUCAUCAGAACAUGGUAUAAUAAAUACAGCAAAAAAUCGGAAGGAAGAAACCCCUCAAAAAAAAUAUGAUCUCUCGAAGCUCGCAAUGGGCUAUCCCGUUGGGUAUUAGUCUAGGUGUCCCUAUCGGUCUUUACGUCCUUUUCAUCUUACUCGGAUCCUCUACUUUCUUUCAGCGACACCUUCUAUACGGUCAUCGGAUCAAUACGUUGUUCUGGCAUGACGCGAACAACCCAGAGUAUUGGGGGUUCGCCAGGAAUCAGGUAACGCCGUUCUCCCUAAAUACACUUGACGAGCAGGAAAUAUAUGCAUGGCAUAUCCUACCUCUUCCAAUCUACCUGAGGCACGAAGGGAAGCUUCAGACUCAGCAACCAGGCUAUUCCGACGACAUCACUAAGACCGAGUCGUUCAAGUUGCUCAAAGAUGACCCUGAAGCUCGUCUCGUAAUAUAUUUUCACGGAAACGUUGGCCAUGUUGCCCAAGGAUUCCGCCCUGAUAGUUACCAUACCUUAACUGAUUCUUCCCAAUAUCAUGUUUUAGCUAUCGAUUAUCGCGGCUUUGGUAAAUCCACCGGCACGCCUUCAGAAGCAGGCUUGCUUUACGACGGUAUGGCUACUGUAGAUUGGGCAAUGAAUGUCGCAGGUAUUCCACCUAGCCGGAUCGUUAUAAUGGGCCAUAGUCUCGGAACGGCAGUUACAAGCAGCGUGACAGAGCAUUUCGCAGCGCAGGGAAUUGAAUUUGCGGGGAUCAUUCUCAUUGCCGGGUUUUCGGACCUGCCAACUCUUCUGUCUUCCUAUACGGUGGCAGGUUUUAUCCCAGUGCUCUCGCCGCUCCGCCCGUUCCCGCCCGUACUCCGGUUUUUCCAACAGUUCAUCGUGGAUAAGUGGAAAUCAGCAGACCGGCUUGCCCAUGUCGUGAACCUGACACGGACAAGGUUACGGCUGACUUUUAUCCAUGCCAAGAAUGACUUGGAGAUACCGUGCCAUGAGAGUGACGCGUUAUUCCAGGCCUCGGUCAGCGCUGCCGUUGGAGAAGAUGUGAACGGCGACGAUUUCUCAUCAUGGAAAGAACAGCGAACAUUGCGCAGAGAUGAUGGAACUUUUACGACGGUUUUCAAAGCUGAGCCGGAUAUAAUCAUAAGAGAAGAGCUCGUCCCAUAUGGCGGACACAACGGAGUGAUUGUGUCUUCGUCAGUAUCACUCGCCGUUAUGAGGUCAUUUGAGCUUGGUGCUAAUUAAGGUCAAAAUAUUUAUAUAAAUGUAGGCAUCUUGGAAGGUAAUCAGUAGAAGUUUGCAUUGAUAGAAUUCUCAUGCGCAAAUCAUCUUUGUAUACCUACCUACCCACCUAGGUAAGGUUACUAUGUACGUCCAGCUGAAGUGAAGCGUAGAAAUACGGGAUGAGAUACAUAGGAGGUACCUAACCUAACCUAAGAUACUUGUGAUUCCACUUUAAAGCAUCUACUGCGGAUAAAUAUAUUAUAUGCGAC